AGGAGGAUGUUUGAGUUUCACCAAUAACAAAUAAAAUUUCCAUUUCAUUUCGCCCCCGGCCGCCUCGCCUCCCCUCAUGGCUCUCUCCUCCGAUCGCCAGUCUCUCAUACCACCCUUCCUCUACUCCACCUCUUUCACCUCCAAAACCCUACCUCUCCAUCAAAUGUCCGAUCCUACCUUUAUUCCACCAUCCUCGACCAACUUUGUUAUUCCAUCUCCAAGCGAGCCUGGAAAAAUCGAGUUAUUUUCUCCUCAGUACUACGCCGCCUGUACUUUUGGCGGAAUACUAAGCUGCGGUCUUACUCACAUGGCUGUCACUCCUCUUGAUCUCGUCAAAUGUAAUAUGCAGAUCGAUCCUGCAAAAUACAAGAGCAUUUCAUCAGGUUUUGGGGUGUUGCUCAAGGAGCAGGGAGUCAAAGGUUUCUUCAGGGGUUGGGUACCUACCUUGCUUGGUUACAGUGCUCAGGGUGCCUGCAAAUUUGGAUUUUAUGAAUUCUUCAAGAAGUACUAUUCUGACCUCGCUGGACCAGAAAAUGCAGCUAAGUACAAGACUGUGAUCUAUCUUGCUGGUUCUGCAUCUGCUGAGGUGAUUGCAGACCUUGCUCUUUGCCCCCUUGAAGCUGUUAAGGUUCGUGUUCAGACUCAGCCUGGUUUUGCUAGAGGCUUGUCUGAUGGGUUUCCCAAGUUUUUGAGAUCUGAAGGUGCUCUUGGGUUAUACAAGGGACUGGUUCCUCUCUGGGGGCGUCAGAUUCCAUAUACAAUGAUGAAAUUUGCAUCUUUUGAGACUAUUGUGGAGCUCAUGUACAAGCAUGUGAUUCCCAGACCUAAAAGUGAGUGCAGCAAGCCCCUCCAGCUUGGUGUAAGUUUUGCUGGUGGAUAUGUAGCUGGUGUUCUCUGUGCUGUUGUGUCACAUCCUGCUGACAACCUCGUCUCUUUCCUGAACAAUGCCAAGGGUGCUACUGUUGGUGAUGCCGUAAAGAAGCUUGGGCUGUGGGGUCUGUUUACUCGGGGUCUUCCUCUUCGUAUCGUUAUGAUUGGUACCCUCACAGGAGCUCAGUGGGGUAUCUAUGAUGCGUUCAAAGUUUUUGUUGGCCUGCCGACAACUGGUGGCGUUGCUCCUGCACCAGUCGUUGCUGAACUUGCAGAGGAUUAGAGUAAAAUUGCAGAGUUUUAUUGGAGUUCAAACUUUGAGACAGUACCUUCUCUGAAACGGCAAUAAAUGUAGAAGCUGAUUGAUCAUCUUCUAGCACAUUAGCAUAAGGAGAUAUAUAUUUUUUGAAAGAAAAAAAAAACUGAAACUAUUUUUAUGAUCGAGUAAUUUGACCGUGGAGAUUUGAAUACUCCACGUACUUUGAAUCUUUAUGGAUUCCUAGAAUCGGCAUUGCAUUAGGAUUGCAAUUAAAAUAAUGGGCAUCUAUCUAUGUAGGGUUUUCGUCUGCUCAUUGAGAAUAUAAGUUUUGCUUGGUUUUGUCAUCUUGCACUUUAACAAAUGUUUAUGUUUAGACGUUAG